ACAAAACACAAAGGACACUGAUAAAGCAAAAGUAAGAAGCAAUGCCGAUUAUAAGUCAUACUACCUUUGGCUGCUUCCUCGAAAAAGCACAUUGAAGGUUCAUCGUUCAUUUGAUUAUCAGUUUCCUUUCGUUAAAAAGCAGAAGCACUCACUGCAACAACACAACCCCAGACCAGCACACGUACCAUUGUUGCUCUGAUUUUCCAUUCAAAACCACUUUUGCCUUUCCUCAAUUUUAUAACUCUAAAGCUUCUUCCUUUGGCCCACCCCGCGAUCAAAAGUUCCUAAUCUAUCCUACCCAAUCCGCCUUUCUUUUUCCCCUAUACAAAAAACCAAUGUUGCCUUUCACUUCAUCAGACUCGAAUGCUGGGUUUAAGCAUUUGGGUACUUGUGAAAUUUUCUGGGUAAAAACUGAAGAAACAAAUUUUGUACUGGUGGUGGUGGGAUUGUUGGCGAAAUGGCGAGCACGAGUGGCACAAAGGGUGUUGUGCCCAGUGUCCCUCGGCUGCCUUCCCGGCGGAUGACACGGCUGCCGACGAGUGAUGUGGAGUUGUUGGAUGAGAAGGGUGCUACUGACAGUGAAUCUGUGCCAUCUUCCCUUGCAGUUAUUGUUCCAAUCCUCCGUGCAGCCAAUGAAAUUGAGGAGGAAAAUCCCAGAGUUGCUUAUCUUUGCCGCUUCCAUGCAUUUGAGAAGACUCAUAUAAUGGAUCCAACAUCAAGUGGGCGUGGGGUUCGUCAAUUCAAGACUUUUAUGUUGCACAGACUGCAAAGAGAAGGGGAAUAUACUAAACAGUUUAGUAAAAGAAGUGAUACCAGAGAAUUGCAGUGGUACUAUCAAACAUUCUAUGAGCAACAUGUCCGGGGUGGUGAAUUUACAAAGAAACCAGAGGAGAUGGACAAGAUUCUUCAGAUUGCCUCUGUAUUGUAUGAUGUUCUGAAGGCAAUGGUACCUCCAAAAGAUAUUGAAAAUAAGACAAAAGAAUAUGCAAUGGAUGUUGAGAAGAAAAGGGGACAAUGUGAAAACUAUAACAUUCUUCCACUGUAUGCUGUUGGUGUUAAACCAGCAAUCAUGGAAGUUUCUGAGAUCCAAGCAGCACUUAAUGCUCUUCGCAAUCUGGAAAAUCUUCCAUUGCCUAUAAUUCAUUCAAGAAAUGAUUCCUCUACUGGUGUUUCUAGAAUCCCAAUGGAGAGAUUUAAAGAAAUUAAUGACGUACUUGACUGGCUGUCUUCUAUUUUUGGGUUUCAGAAAGGAAAUGUGGCAAAUCAACGAGAGCACCUAAUAUUAUUGCUUGCCAACAUUGAUAUAAGGAACACAAAACCUGAAUUUCAUGAGACUAAUGAGAGAUUCUUGCGGCUUCAUGAAAAUACUGUACCACAUUUACUGGAUAAAAUGUUCAAGAAUUACUAUUCAUGGUGUAAUCAUGUGCGCCGUAAACCCAAUCUUAGGUUUCCAGAAGAUGGUGACAAACAACAGCUAGAGCUGAUAUACAUAGCUCUUUAUCUUCUUAUUUGGGGAGAAGCUUCAAAUAUUCGCUUUAUGCCUGAAUGUCUUUGCUACAUUUUUCAUCAUAUGUGCCGUCAUGUCUAUGAUAUUCUACAAAGUAAUGUCCAUCCUGCGAGUGGGGAGAAUGACAAAGCAGAAGCUCCAGGUGAAGAAACCUUUCUGAGGGAUGUUAUAACUCCUAUUUAUAAUGUUUUAGCAAAGGAAGCUCAAAGGAACAACCAGGGCAAGGCCAGCCAUUCCAAGUGGAGAAAUUAUGAUGAUCUGAAUGAAUACUUUUGGUCUGACAAAUGCUUUAAGCUGGGGUGGCCAAUGGACCCAGAAGCAGAUUUUUUCAGGAAUUCAGCUGAGUCACUGCCAGUAAAUGAGGGUCCUAACCAAGCUAGCUCUGGAGCUGGAAAGAAGCCCAAAACAAAUUUUGUGGAAGUUCGUACAUAUUGGAGCCUCUAUCGGAGUUUUGAUCGAAUGUGGAUCUUCUUUAUCUUGGCUUUACAAGCCAUGAUUAUUGUUGCAUGGAGUUCCUUGGGACCUUUUGCUAUGUUUUAUGAUGCAGAUGUCUUCAGAAGUAUUAUGAGCAUAUUCAUUACACAUGCCAUUCUCAAUUUUCUGCAAGCUUCUUUGGAUAUUAUUCUGACUUGGAAUGCCUUGAAGAAUAUGAAAAUUUCCCAGUUGCUACGGUAUCUUCUGAAAUUUGUUGCCGCAGCUGUUUGGUUUGUUGUUUUGCCAGUCAGCUAUUCUAGUUCUCUUCAGAAUCCAUCAGGGCUUCUAAAAUCCUUAACCAGUUGGGCUGGGGAUUGGGGGAACCAGUCACUAUAUACGUAUGUUGUUGUGAUUUACUUACUGCCAAACAUUGUGGCUGUAAUACUGUUUUUCCUUCCACCCAUACGGAGAAAGCUGGAGCACUCAAAUGUGCGAAUUGUUACCCUUCUGAUGUGGUGGGCUCAGCCAGAACUGUAUGUGGGUAGGGGUGUGCAUGAGGACUUGUUAUCACUACUGAAGUACACCCUGUUUUGGAUCCUGCUUCUAAUUAGCAAGCUAGCAUUUAGCUACUAUGUGGAGAUAUUGCCCCUUGUUGGACCCACAAAAUUAAUCAUGGAGAUGCCUAUAGAUAACUUCCAGUGGCAUGAAUUCUUUCCAGAAAAUGAUACUCAUAAUAUUUUUGUUGUCAUUCCAAUAUGGGCUCCAAUUAUACUGGUUUACUUUAUGGAUACUCAAAUAUGGUAUGCCAUUUACUCUGCUCUACUUGGCGGGAUUAUUGGAGCCUUUCAUCAUUUGGGCGAGAUAAGGACACUUGGGAUGCUGCGCUCCAGAUUUGAAUCUAUACCAUCAGCUUUCAGUCAGUGCUUCCUGCCCGGAAGUAACAGUGAGACUAAGCCAGAGGAUAUGAUUGAAUCAAAUGAACGCAGAAAUAUCGCAUGCUUCUCUCAGGUCUGGAAUGAGUUUAUAAACUCCAUGAGAGAUGAAGACCUGAUCAGCAAUAGGGAUAGAGAUCUGUUGCUUGUCCCCUACCGCUCAAGUCAUGUUUCUGUAAUCCAGUGGCCCCCAUUUUUGCUUGCUAGUAAGAUUCCAAUAGCACUAGACAUGGCAAAAGAUUACAAGGGGAAGGAUGACGCUGAGUUAUUUAAAAAGAUUAAGAGUGAUGAGUACAUGUAUUCAGCAGUCAUUGAAUGCUAUGAGACACUCAGGAGACUUAUAUAUCACCUCCUGGUAGAUGGAGCAGAUAAGGCGGUUGUGAAACGAAUAUGUCAGAGAGUUGAAAGGAGCAUAGAACAGCACACAUUUGUCAAAGAAUUCAAAAUGAAUGGCUUGCCCUUACUCAGUGAGAAGUUGGAGAAAUUCCUAACUCUAAUGCAAACUGAUGAUCACAAAAUUGAGUCAUUGAGGCCCCAGAUAGUCAAUGUAAUGCAGGAUAUAGUGGAAAUUAUUUUCCAGGAUGUUAUGGUUGAUGACCCUUCAAUCCUGCAUGCUCCCGACCGUAAUACUGUAGAUAAUGACGUGGAAGGACAGAGGUUUGUCAAUAUUAACAUUUUACUUGCACUAGACAAGUCAUGGAAGGAAAAGGUUAUUAGGCUUCAUUUGCUUUUAACUGUCAAGGAGUCUGCCAUAAAUGUGCCACAAAAUCUGGAUGCUCGUCGGCGUAUUACAUUCUUUGCAAAUUCUUUAUUUAUGAAUAUGCCAAAGGCUCCCAAAGUGCAGGAUAUGCUGUCUUUCAGCGUUCUUACUCCAUAUUACAAAGAGGAUGUGUUGUAUUCUGACGAGGAACUCAAUAAAGAAAAUGAAGAUGGGAUUUCAAUUUUAUUUUACUUAAAGAAGAUAUAUCCCGAUGAAUGGACCAAUUUCCAUGAAAGACUUGAAGAUCUAAAACAUUAUUAUCCUGGAGAAGUAGAUGAAGGUGAGUUAACACGUCAGUGGGCAUCUUGCAGAGGGCAGACACUCUAUCGAACAGUAAGAGGAAUGAUGUACUAUAGGCAAGCUCUGAACCUUCAAUGCUUUCUACAAUAUGCCGAAGACAAUGCCAUCUUUGGUCGCUACAGGACUGUAGAUUUCAGUGAAGAUCAGAGAAACUCUUUGGAUCGUGCCCAAGCUUGGGCUGAUUUAAAGUUCACCUAUGUUGUUUCAUGUCAGAUCUAUGGUUCUCAAAAGAAAUCAACAAAUUCCCGAGACAGAAGCUGCUAUAAUAAUAUUCUCAAUCUUAUGUUAACAAAUCCGGCUCUUCGCGUCGCUUACAUUGAUGAAAAGGAAGAGAUAGUGGAUAAGAAAACUCAGAAAGUUUAUUACUCUGUUCUUGUCAAAGGAGGGGACAAGUAUGAUGAGGAAAUAUAUCGGAUCAAGCUUCCUGGUUCUCCCACAGCGAUUGGUGAAGGGAAGCCUGAAAACCAAAAUCAUGCUAUUAUAUUUACACGUGGAGAAGCUUUGCAGACCAUAGACAUGAAUCAGGACAACUACUAUGAAGAAGCUUUCAAAAUGAGAAAUCUAUUGGAGGAAUUCCAUAGAAAUCACAGUGGGCAGCGGAAACCCUCCAUAUUGGGUCUAAGGGAGCAUAUAUUUACUGGAAGUGUUUCAUCACUUGCUUGGUUCAUGUCAAACCAAGAGACUAGCUUUGUGACCAUUGGCCAACGAGUAUUAGCAAAUCUUCUAAGGGUACGAUUCCAUUAUGGACAUCCUGAUAUAUUUGACAGAAUCUUCCACAUAACAAGAGGCGGCAUCAGUAAAGCUUCAAAAGUUAUAAACCUAAGCGAGGAUGUAUUUGCAGGGUUCAAUUCAACUCUUCGUGGAGGACUUAUCACACAUCAUGAAUACAUCCAAGUAGGUAAGGCACGUGAUGUAGGCAUGAAUCAGAUAUCACUCUUUGAGGCUAAGCUUGCAAAUGGAAAUGGAGAGCAAACACUCAGCCGUGAUGUUUAUCGGCUUGGACGACGGUUUGACUUCUACAGAAUGUUAUCCUUCUACUUCACAACAGUUGGUUUCUAUUUCAGUAGCAUGAUGAGCGUGUGGAUUGUCUAUUUGUUCUUGUAUGGACGUUUAUACAUGGCUUUGAGUGGGGUUGAAAGACAAAUACUUCAGAGUCCAAACAUGAUUCAGAACAUAGCCCUUGAAAAGGCCUUGGCAACCCAGUCUGUCUUUCAGUUGGGCUUACUGCUGGUACUACCCAUGGUUAUGGAAACCGGCUUGGAGAAGGGUUUUCGCACAGCCUUGGGUGAUUUUAUCAUCAUGCAGCUCCAGCAGGCCUCCGUCUUCUUUACCUUCCAUCUAGGAACCAAGUCACAUUAUUAUGGAAGAACUAUCUUGCAUGGAGGCUCUAAAUACAGAUCAACUGGUCGGGGGUUUGUUGUAUUCCAUGCAAGAUUUGCUGAUAACUACAGGUUGUACUCAAGAAGUCAUUUUGUGAAGGGCCUAGAGAUUCUCUUACUUUUGAUUGUAUGUGAAGUCUACGAGAUGUCAUAUCGUAGCUCAAACGUUUAUAUGUUUGUCACAUUCUCAAUGUGGUUUUUGGCCACUUCAUGGUUGUUUGCUCCUUUUUUGUUCAAUCCCUCUGGCUUUGAUUGGCAAAAAACAGUGGAUGAUUGGUCAGAUUGGAAGAGGUGGAUGGGGAACCGUGGUGGUAUUGGUAUCCCACCUGACAAAAGUUGGGAAUCUUGGUGGGAUAAAGAAAAUGAACACCUGAAAUACUCGCAUUUCAGGGGAAAAGUACUUGAGAUAAUUCUUGCAUUUCGCUUCUUUGUGUACCAAUAUGGAAUCAUUUACCACCUGGAUGUAGCUCAUCACAGCAAAAGUUUGCUGGUCUUUGGACUUUCUUGGAUUAUUUUGGUUGCUGUUCUUGUUGUUUUGAAGAUGGUAUCCAUGGGCAGACAAAGAUUCGGCACAGACUUUCAGCUCAUGUUUCGUGUUCUUAAGGCACUUCUCUUUCUUGGCUUCAUGUCAGUAAUGACUGUAUUAUUUGUGGUCUGUGGGCUCACCAUGAAUGAUCUAUUUGCUGCAAUCCUUGCCUUCAUGCCCUCUGGAUGGGCUAUUAUUCUGAUUGCACAAGCAUGCAGGGGAUUGUUGAAGGAAUCUGUAGUGUGGGAUUCAGUGAAGGAGCUAUCCAGAGCAUAUGAAUACGUAAUGGGAUUCAUCAUCUUCAUGCCUGUUGCUGUAUUGUCAUGGUUCCCAUUUGUAUCAGAGUUCCAAACAAGGUUGUUGUUCAAUCAAGCAUUCAGUAGAGGGCUACAGAUUUCAAUGAUUCUUGCCGGAAAGAAGGAGAAGGACCCUGAUAAAUCAGCAUGAGGUUGAUUAGCUAGCUGAGUUUUUCACCCCCUUUUGCCAACAAGUUAGCUGAGUUAGUCUUCGGCUACUUAUCUACUCUGUAUGCAUAUAUAAAGUCGAAUCUUAUCAAUGCUCUGUAGAAAGUUAUGUUUCAUAUGAUAGAAGGAUUAUUUUUGGGAAAAAAAUGAAGAGAAAUGUAAGGUGGAAUGAAAGAGAAAAUAAGAUAGAAAUAUGUAAAAAACAACGGUAGUACUAUUGUGUAUAGUAAUCUUAUCAUAUUUCUAAUACUUGCUGCAAAUUUUCCAAUGUUAACACUAUUCCAUCAUUUACCAAAUGUAAUUUUCAGGCAUUGCCAUGGUAUUUCUACUCCCAUUCCAACCAUUUCUUA